CAUCUACGUGGCGGUGCGACGCCUGGGUCUGCAAGUUCGUCCGCGAGCGGGAGCCCUGGUAGGGGAGCUGGUGAAGGUCGGCGGCGUAAUCACGGGCGAAAUAUGCGAGAAACACAAAUUAGGAACGAAUCGAGAGCCAGCCCAGCCCGCCCCUCACACACAUCUGUACCUUCCCACCUCCGUCCCAACUCGUUACAAAUCCCCAACACGCAUUCUUAUUCUCAGUCACAUCCACGCUCAUCCCCUCAUUCGCAGGCGCAUUCACCAAUGCCCUCUCCCUCACGCCAUUCGCAAAGCCACACUCACACACCGUUGCUGAAAGAAGAUGCAGUCGACCUCGUCGUACCUUCUCCUUCUCACUCUCCCCAUUCGCCGUUGGUCGCCCCGCGUUCGCCUUAUGGUCGUGAGAGGGAAGGAGACGGGUUGACAAGGGUGUAUGGGCGCACUACUGACUCUCAUCCCGAGGAGAAUGAGCCUGACGACGAAGCUGAAACUGAGCGACAUAUCCAGGUUCCCCGGUUCGUGGUUUCUUC